ACGAAAUUAUUACUGCGCUAUGUCAGAGAGACUACCAGACAGAAAGACCAUAGAGAUUUGACAAUCCCACUCUUUAUGGAAAAGGUUGUGGAACAUGAAGAAAAGUGGCGUCUUACUAUGGCUGUUGAUCGAGAGAGAUAUCGACCAGUUAUUAAGAUUCGAGACACCAAGGACCCCAAAGGCCUUCCCACUGUUUUAUACGAGCGUGCAUUUCAGGAAGUUUUCGAGUUCAGCCUAAGUACCGGUAUCACUGAGGAGUUACUCACCGACAUAUCGCAGAGCUUUCAAUUGAGCAAGGACUCAAAGGACAGCUUGGCAGGAGUUAUCCGAGGGCUUUUCAAGAUCUUUUCCGAGAAGGACGCGCUCAGUUUGGAAACGGAUCUUUUGUUUCUUAAAGAUGGAGCGUUUAUCUGCAACAACUCGGAUUUCUUCUUUGACGACGCAGCUCGAGAGCGACAGCGAAAGCUCUUUUACUUGAGAGAUAAGAAACAGGAGAUCCCAGAAGAAGUGCAAGCGGAAAAGCAUGGGCUGGUGUAUGUUCACAUGAAUGGAAAUAUUGGAAACGUUGUUAACGGCGCGGGACUUGCAAUGGCGACGAAUGAUGCGAUUAGUCUGUAUGGUGGUUCGAGUGCGAAUUUUCUAGAUGCUGGUGGACAAGCUACGAAGGAGACGAUGCUGCAGGCUUUCAAGAUCAUCAUGUCUGAUAAGCGAGUCAAGGCGAUUCUAGUCAACAUCUACGGCGGAAUCGCGAGAUGCGAUAUGAUCGCAGAGUCCAUCAUAGCAGCAGCAAGCGAACUUGGUCCCUUGCGGGUUCCCAUGGUAGUCAGAUUACAGGGAACAAACUCAGAGGCUGGACUCAAGCUGCUCAAAGAUGCCACCUUGGAUAUUCACGUUGAGGCAGACUUUGGAAAAGCGGCUAAGGAGGCAGUCAGGUUGGCUGACGAAGGCGCGAAAGCUGAAAGCUGA